UGUACAUCUCACCAAACAAAUUUCCCCUCCAUGGCUAAAGGAAAGGGAAGACGCUCCUCCGGGGCGAAUAACACUGUCGCAGAUGGCGGAGUCGCCUUGAGUGACUCCAAGCCUGCUGCGAACGCUGUUCCCCAAUUGCAAGAGGGCGCUUUCGCCGGCCUCCGACAGAAGAUCGAACAGAAGUUGAAGGAACAAAGAGGCCCCAAGCAGAAGAAGAAUGCAGCGGGUGCCAAGGAGGCUUCUACCGACUCACCGGCCAAGCCUCAGGAACAAGCCCCCAAGCCGAGCCCGAAGCGGAAGGUCGAUGACGACAAGAAUAAGGGCAAGAAGCGCGAUCGCAACGGUGAAGUGAUCGCGAGAGACGAGCAAAAGGGCAAAAAGGAUGCACCAAAUAGCGGGAAAUCCAAGUCGAGUGGUGGAGACAAGGAUGAUACCUUGCGACAAGAGAUCUUGGCCAUGGGAGGCACAGAUGAAGAUUUCGAUUUGGUUGCCGGCAUCGAAACGGAUUCCGAGGACGAGGAGAACGCAGGCACCGCGAAGAAGUCUACAAACAAAUCUGAUGAGGCUGCGUUGAGGAAGGAGUUGUCUAGCAUGCUUGCUGCUGCUGGUCAGGUCGUCCCAGAUGACAUUGCCGACGAGGACGAAGCAGAGAUCGACGAGGACGAAGAGGAAGAGGAUGAAGAGGAAGAGGACGAGGAUGAGGAAGCGAUGGAUGAUGAGGAAGAGGAAGAAGCAUCUGAAGAAAUUCAGGAGAACGAAAGCUCAGCCGAUCAGGAAGACACUUCAGAUGAAGAGGAGGCUCCUCCAGCUCCGGUCGUCAAAGACACCAAGAACGAAUCCAAGACGGGAAAAGCAGCUGAAAACAUCUUCCCCAAGGAAUUUUCCAAGCUUAUUGUCCCUCCUCGGUCGGAUUGGUACAUGACGGAGCUCCCUUCCAUCCCAUCGAAACAAGCAAAUGCCUUGCCACGCCACUUAGUCGAUCGGGUAUAUGGUCGCGCCGUAUCGCUCCUGGAAAAAGAAAACAAGAUGUAUGCGGAUGCGCAAGCAUCCUCGGCCUCUUCUUCCCACAAAUUCUACACGACUAUCAUGUCCACCGGUACCCUGAGUGAUAAGAUUUCGGCUUUGACUCUCGCUGUUCAAGAGUCGCCGCUACAUAACAUGAAACAACUGGAGAAUCUGAUUGCCCUUGGAAAGAAACGCAGUCGUUCUCAAGCGGUGGAUGUUCUCAGGUCACUGAAGGAUAUGUUUGCGCAGGGUACAUUGCUUCCCAGUGAGCGCCGCCUCAGGUCGUUCGCCAACCAGCCAUCCCUUGUAUCCGCGUUCCAGGGAGCUGGUGGCCGGUGGUCUGAGGAUGACCCUCUGCCUGGUGGUCUGCAGAAUAGCCACAUCAUGGUCUGGGCCUACGAGCAUUUCCUCAAGGAGCAGUAUUUUGAAGUCCUCAAGAUCCUUGAAGUGUGGUGCAACGAUGAGAUUGAGUUUUCGCGCACCAGGGCCGUGAGUUAUAUCUUCGAGCUACUUAAGGAGAAGCCGGAACAGGAAGCGAAUCUGCUGCGGCUCCUAGUCAACAAAUUGGGCGAUACAUCAAAGAAGAUUUCCUCGCGUGCUUCCUAUCUGCUCUUGCAAAUUGAGCAGACUCAUCCGUUGAUGAAGCCCACUAUCAUUUCUGCUGUUGAAGAAAUUGUCUUCCGUCCGGGCCAGAGUCAACACGCCAAGUAUUACGCUAUCAUCACGUUGAAUCAGACGGUCUUGAGCCUCAAGGAGGAGAAAGUUGGCAUGCAACUCCUCGACAUAUACUUUGCACUUUUCGUCUCCUUGCUCAAGCCGCUCAAGCCAGCCAAGGGUCACCAACACCAGGGUGGGAAGAAUGGCAAGCAUGGAAAGAAGGGGCCGAAGGGUAAAGGGAAAGAUCAGGAGGACAAGGGCCAUGCUCAGACCGAAGAAAUGCAAGAAAAGCUUACCUCGGCCGUGUUGACGGGUGUGAAUCGAGCGUAUCCGUUUACCAGUUCGGAUAGUGACAGGCUUUCCAAGCAUAUCGACACCUUGUUCCGGAUCACCCAUUCCUCCAACUUCAACACCAGCAUCCAAGCGCUCAUGUUGAUCCAGCAACUGACGCUAUCUCACCAAAUCGGAACCGACCGUUUCUACCGCACGUUGUACGAGUCUCUUCUUGACCCCCGUGUCGCUACGUCGUCCAAACAGUCGUUGUAUUUGAACCUGCUGUUCAAGGCCUUGAAGAAUGACAUGAACGUCCGACGUGUCAAGGCGUUCGUGAAGCGCAUUGUCCAGGUUCUGGGAAUGCACCAGCCAGGUUUCAUCUGCGGCGUCUUCUAUCUGAUCCGCGAGCUGGAGAAGACCUUCGUUGGUCUCCGAACCUUGUAUGAGCAGCCCGAAGACAAUGACAGUGACGAGGAAGAGGUGUUCAGAGAUGUACCUGAUGAAGAUGAUGAACCGCAAGUCGUCAACGAAGCAGCCGACUCGAAGCCGAAAAAGCCGACCAAUGGUUAUGACCCGCGAAAGCGCGAUCCCGAGCAUAGCAAUGCUGACAAGACAUGCUUGUGGGAAUUGCUGCCUUAUAUGUCGCAUUUCCAUCCCUCCGUGUCCGUCAACGCGUCCCAUCUGCUUGACAACCAGCCCAUGAGCGGCAAGCCCGACAUGACGCUGCACACGUUGACGCACUUCCUUGACCGCUUUGUGUACCGCACGCCCAAGGCAUCCGCCGCCACCCGUGGGUCUUCCAUCAUGCAGCCCCUUGCAGGCAGCGAAGCGAAGGACCGCCUGGUGGCUUCGGGCAACAACGCGCAACAACUACCGCUCAACUCGGAGGCCUUCUGGAAGAAGAAGUCCGAGGAUGUUGCCGUCGAAGACGUCUUCUUCCACGAGUACUUCAACCGUGUCGGCAAGGACAAGGACCGGGCCAGGAGCAAGAAGUCCAAGGACGCUGUCGACCAGGACGAGGAAGGUGCCGAUGUCGGCAGCGACGCCGAGUCGGAGAUCUGGAAGGCUCUGGUGGACUCUCGACCCGACGUCGAGGGCCCCGAGGACAGCGACGACGACCUCGACAUGGACGACCUCGAGUCUGCCUACGAUAAGAGCGACGACGACGAAGAGGAAGCUGGCGAAGACGACGACGAGGUCAUCUUCAACGACGAGUCGGACGCCGACAUGGACGAUCUCGAGGACGAGGACGAGGAGCCCGAGGCCACGAAGCCGGCCCCCAAGGCCAAGAAGGAAACCAAGCCCAAGAAGGCCGCCAAAGAAGAAUUCUCCGAAGAGGAGGAAGACGACUUCGACAUGGAUGUUUCCGACGACGGGGCCUUCCUCGAGAGCGACGAGGACCUGCCGUCGGACGUGGAGCUGUCAGGCGAAGUGGAGACUCCCAAGGACGAGCCGUCGGACCGGAAGAAGAAGCGCAAGCUCAAGCAUCUGCCCACGUUUGCCUCGGCCGACGACUAUGCGGCUCUGCUGGCUGGGGAGGACGAGGGGAUGUAAGCCGGAUUAUUGGGUUUUCUACACCGUUUCUUUUAGUACUACUGUCUAUAUACAAUUCUAUUGCAGAUACC